CUUUGAAAUAAAUUAUUAUUUAAAAAUAAUUAUUUUAGCCAAUUAAUUUUAGUUGCCUUAGCAACGCAUCUUGUCAUUAUUAUGGGUUUCUUUCAGGUAACCACGUUCCUCCACGAGGAGAAGAGAUACAAGACAGCUUUCUCUCAUGGCCAUCUCAUCUCUUUUCCUCUCAGAGGACCGUUACCUUCAAAAGCCAUAAACAUACUGAGCAAACCACCAAGAGAGAGAAACCAAUUAGAACUGACCUAUCUCUCCUCAAUAUCAUUGCAGUUGGAGCCAUUGUGGUCCUAUCCUAGAGAUAUUCGUAUCAAAGUGGCCAGAAUCCUUCACUAUCACUCACUGGAGAAAGGAGAGGUUGCCCCAGGAGGAGAGAGACCUGAUGAUACCUCCUUGUAUUUUAUACUAACCGGACAAGUGUACACUGCUGUGACUGAGGAGUCGGAGGAAAAUGGUCAUCUCUCCGUCAUAAAAGAGACUAAUGUUUCCUCGGGAUGUUCCGUUGGGGAUUUAAGACCAAUAAGGAACAAAGAAAGGAUAACGGUUGUUUGUAAAAGCAAGACGACACUUUUACGAAUCAGUGUCUCUGAUUUCAAUGAGAUUGUGAGAGUAUCGUUUGAUCGUGAAUGGGUAUGGAGGUUAAAUAUCAUACAGUGGCAUCCAUUCUUCAGCCAGUUCUCCGAUCGAGCCAUUGCACAGUCAAUUGCCAAAGCCUCAAAAUUUAUAAAUUUCCCACCUCGCUCUGUUAUCAUAAAAGACUUGAGCAAAACAGGCAACUUUGCUUAUCUUCUUGUCAAUGGAGAAGCAACCGUACUACAUAAACUAAAAAUAAGAGAAACUUACGACUGGAGAAAAGGACACCAACGACUUCUCAUGCCAUCGAGAGAGAGAGGAGCAAGGGAAAGCUGUGACAGUUGCCUCGUUCGGAGGUGGAUACAUGUAUCUAACCUGCUCCCUGGUGAGAUCUUUGGGAUUGGUGAGGGUAAGACGAACAUGAGCGUCAUUAGUAAACAUUAUGCAAAAUGUCUCGCCAUUAACAAACAAGUUUUACUGAAGUACGAGCAUACGAUUAACCUUCCUUCCCUUGUUCAUGAAAUGUCAUUGAAAUAUCUUAGCACUGCUGCUGUCUUUGAGAAGUACGUUGAGGCAUGCAAGUGGAAAGACUACAAGAGGAUUGUGGUGAGAGAUGCCAUUCUUAGGAAGUGAAAGUGAGUGUAUAAUGACUCUCCCUCAUCUUAACUUAAUUACCCUAAUUAUAACUGGAACUUUUUCAUUUCCCAAAUGUAAUAUGACUUUGAAUUUAAGAUAACAUUAACAUUGUAAGCAAUUAUUAUUAUUGUGUAUUUUAAUAAAAUCACUUGGCAUGGGGAAACUUUAAAAUA